AUGUCGAGCAGCGACAGCGAACUCGAUGCCGCAACCCUUCACCAAGAUGCGCCUGCAAGCUUGGAUUCACGACCCAUCACCGUUGCAGUCAACCCGGUAGCGCUGGUGGUCACAGAAUGUAUUACGGUCACAUCUGCUAUGCGGAAGCAUGCCCGUUGGGCACAUUCAUCAGUCUCGGCGAUUCUGGGUGGGUCAUCGAAUAAGACGCCUGCUGUCCAACGGCGGGACCGUACAGGACAGGGGAUAAUCAGCGGCGGGGAGCAAGAGGAGGCCGUACCCAGCAGAUGGGGACUACGAGGAAAGAAGGGGAAGAGCUUGCAGGACAAUCCUCUCAUGUCUGCAUUUGCGCGCUUAAGAAAUGAUCUGAAGGGUUGCAAAGACAUCAGGACCUUCGAUACCCCCUCGAUGCUUCACCCCUUCCUCCAAGUCAUUCGCUCUUCGUCUACGUCUGCGCCGAUUACUUCGCUCGCCCUCAUCGCUAUCACCAAGUUCCUGUCCUACGGCGUCAUUGGCCAUGACUCUCCUCGUCUGCCAGAAGCUAUGCAGCAGCUCUCCUCCGCCAUCACACAUUGCCGCUUCGAAGCGAGUGACUCGGCCGCCGAUGAAAUAGUACUCCUUCGUAUUCUGAAGCUUAUGGAGGGUAUGAUAUCAGGGCCUGGUGGGCAAGUUCUUGGAGACGAGAGUGUCUGCGAAAUGAUGGAGACAGGACUGAGCAUGUGCUGUCAGGCAAGACUGUCCGAGCUGCUUCGCCGCUCCGCAGAGAUCGCUAUGGUGUCUAUGUGCCAGGUCAUAUUCCGGAGGCUGAAGACACUGGAGAUCGAGACACCAGAGGAGCUUGAUGCGUUGGACGAAGAGCUGGAAGGGAAGAUUGAGCCAGAUGGUCUCAAGAUGGACCCAUCCGCGAGCGGUCAGGGCGACGUUGCGCAGUCUAAGGUCGAAUCACCCCAGCAGCCUAGCAACUCUGAGGGAGGCCAGGAGGACCGUGAGGAUACAGCCAAUCCAGCGACCAGUACACUCGAUCUACCCGCCAUGGCGGAGGGCGAACAACCACCUGCUGAGAUCAGACCAUAUUCAUUACCAUCCAUACGAGAGCUCUUUAGAGUACUAGUCGAUUUGCUGGAUCCACAUGACCGUCAGCAUACCGAUACCAUGCGUGUAAUGGCGCUACGCAUCGUAGAUGUUGCGCUCGAAGUUGCCGGACCCUCAAUAGCGAGCCACCCGAGUCUUGCGAACCUGGCAAAGGAUACGCUCUGCAGACACCUGUUCCAGCUCGUCAGGUCAGAUAAUAUGGCCGUUCUGAACGAGUCACUACGCGUCGCAGGAACCCUCCUUGCUACGUGCAGAAAUGUCCUUCAGCUACAACAAGAGCUCUACCUCUCUUACGUGGUUGCAUGUCUCUUCCCGCGGGUCGAAAUACCCCAGGAACCUGGCAUCGACCAAUCCCUGUACGAGGGUGUCCCUCAAGCUCCAAGCUUGAUUAAAUCAUCACCACAACAAGCACCUAGUAGUGGUCGGUCAACGCCAGUACCUGUCAAGGAUAGACGGCAGCUUGGUCUAGAGGGCGGCGCCCGGAAGCCUGACGCCAGAGAAGCUAUGGUCGAGAAUCUUGGUGGACUUGUCAGGAUACCUUCAUUCAUGGCUGAACUCUUCGUCAACUACGACUGCGAGAUCGAUCGUGGCGAUGUCUGCAUGGACAUCGUUGGUCUUCUCUCGCGUAACGCGUUUCCUGAUUCAGCGACAUGGAGCACCGUCAACGUGCCCCCGCUAUGCUUGGAUGCGUUGCUAGGAUUCGUACAGUCAAUAGCGGACCGCUUAGACGAUGAGCCUGUGACUGAGGGUUUCCCAAGCGCUCAAGCACUACGUGAGCAGCGAUUGCGAAAGAAGAUCAUCAUCCGUGGAGCAACGAAGUUCAAUGAGAAGCCAAAGGCUGGUAUCGCGUUCUUAACGUCGCAAGGCAUCAUCUCGGAUCCAGAUGAUCCUAAAGCUAUCGCCGAAUUUGUCAAGGGUACGACUCGAGUUGACAAGAAAGUAUUAGGAGAAUUUCUCUCUAAGCGUGAUAACGAACCCAUACUAAAGGCUUUCAUGAAGCUGUUCGACUUCCGAGGACUACGUCUCGACGAAGCGUUGAGAUUGCUCCUGCACACCUUCCGUCUUCCUGGUGAAUCAGCACUCAUUGAGAGGAUUAUCACAGACUUCUCAGAGGAAUACUAUAACGCAGCACAGCCAGAGGAGAUUGCCAACAAGGACGCCAUCUUUGUGCUUACCUACGCUGUGAUUAUGUUGAACACAGAUCAGCACAAUCCCAAUCUCAAGGGCGACAAGCGAAUGAAGGUGGAAGACUUCGCAAAGAACCUCCGUGGCGUCAACGACGGCAAGAACUUUGAUCCCGACUAUUUGCAGGCUAUCUACGACUCCAUCAGGACGCGCGAGAUUAUCCUUCCCGAAGAGCACAAUGACCGGAACGCCUACGACCAUGCCUGGAAGGAGCUACUGGUCAAAGUCCAGUCAACCCCAAAUAUGGUCAUCUGCGACACCAACAUCUUCGAUGCCGAUAUGUUUGCAGCGACAUGGAAGCCGAUCGUGGCAACGCUGUCGUAUGUUUUCAUGUCGGCAACAGACGAUGCUGUCUUCUCACGUGUCGUGCUGGGCUUCGACCAAUGCGCGCAGAUAGCCGCGAAGUAUGACUUAAGCGAUGCACUAGACCGUAUCAUUUCCAGUCUUUCAUACAUCAGCACAUUGGCACCUGACGUGCCACCCAGCACGUCACUCAAUACCGAGGUCCAGGCUGACAAGAAGAGCGUAAUGGUUAGCGAGACCGCCGUGCGCUUCGGCCGAGAUGGCAGAGCGCAGCUGGCAACUGUCGUUUUAUUCCAGGUCAUCAAGGGCAAUGAAGCCGGCAUACGAGAUGGGUGGAAUCAUCUCAUCCGCAUUAUGGUCAACCUCUUCAUCAACUCACUCAUUCCGCCCUACUUCCUUUCGUUCCAGAAGACACUCGCUCUGCCUCCAAUACCUCUUCAGAAUCCCGCACAGGUCAUCGAUCGAGCCGAACGCCCGGCUGAUGCAGGCAUCUUCUCCGCUUUCACCUCGUACGUGUCGAGCUUUGCCAACGAUGAGCCACCAGAGCCCUCGGACCAGGAGAUCGAGUAUACGCUUUGCACUGUCGACACAGUCAAGGAGUGCCAUUUCGAAGACAUACUCGCCAAUAUCAGUCAGCUCCCUGUUGCAGCGUUGCGGUCCCUGCUCGAGUCACUGCUUGAGCACAUCCCCGAAGAUGGUGAGCCAAGAGUGAUCGUGGUCAAGUCAGAGGUGUCUGGGCAAGCUGCUCGACCGAAUGGCAGCAAGACCAAGGGCAAAGGUCCGGUCUAUGAUCCUAGCCUCGUCUUCGUUCUUGAACUGGCCACCGUGCUUGCACAGCGUGACGAAGAGACCGUCAAGGAGCUUGCGAAGGAUGUCACAGAUGCUCUGUCGAGCGUCAUCCGCGACGCAUCAAAGCACCAUCCCGUCGUUAUUGCACGAUCGGUCUACUACCUUCUGGGACUUCUCAAGGCCAGCAAUGACUAUGACUUCAUCCGCGCCCCUGUACUUCUGCAUACAUUCUCUAGCUUCAAUGAGGCUCUGCUCAAGGAAUGCUCGCAGCCACUCCUCCACGGCUUGUCAGAAUGUUGCAAGGGCCCAGUCGCUCUUCGCAGUGAGCUAGCAGGUUCGCCGGACUUCUGGACCAUCUUGAGUCGACUAUGUGGUGUGCCAGAAGCCGCUGGUGACGUCUUUCAGCUUGUCGAAGAUCUCACUACCUCACCUCAACCUUGCAUCACCGCAGACAAUUAUGAAGCUACGAUCGCGCUGCUUAAUGAGUUCGCUACGCAAGCGCAGGUUGGUGCACGCGAAGAACAACUCCACGACCAGGCUGCGCGACGCGGCAAAGGCCAGAGGCCCAAGAAGCCUGAGAGCACCGAAGUCGUUGUUCGUGGCAGCAAAGCUAUGACAAUCGUCUUCCAGUUGUCGACCAAGGUACCAGCGUUCAUCGAGCACUCGCACCUCGAGACAACCGAAGCAUGGACAGCAUACUGGUCCCCAAUCCUCAAAACCCUCGCCCACCAAUGUCUCAACCCCUGCCGCGAAAUCCGCUCCAACGCCUUCUCUUCCCUCCAACGGACCCUGCUCUCCACCUCCCUCGCAUCUCCCGACCACAAAGAAUGGACCGCAAUCUUCUCCUCGAUCCUCAUGCCGCUCAUCACGCAGCUUCUGAAACCUGAAGUCUACCAAUCCGACCCUCUCGGCAUGUCGGAAACACGCGUCCGCGCCGCCACCCUCCUCUCAAAAGUGUUCCUGCACUACCUAGUCCUCCUGAGCGAAGUCGAAGCAGACAAAGAGUUCUUAGAUUUGUGGCUGAAGAUCAUUAGUAUUAUGGACAGGCUGGUCAACAGCGGGCAGGGCGAUAUGGAAGAAGCGGUCGGCGAGAACUUGAAGAAUAUGCUGCUGGUGCUGAGUAAUGGAGGGUAUCUUGUGACGCCGGAUGAGCAGCCAGAGAAAGAGCAGCUGUGGAAUGAGACGUGGAAGAGGAUCAAUAGGUUCCAACCUGAUUUGUUCAAGGAGCUAUUCCCUGAGGAAGCGGGGAAGCCGAAGCGGUCGAGGGAUGAGAGGAGGAGUAGGGAUGAGCGGCCGAAGGACGUUGUGGAGCCUGCGGGGGCAGAGCCGCAAGGUGAGACGAAGGAGUUGGUGAUCGGUGAGGGCAAGAAGGAGGCUGAGAAGGAGAGUUAGGUGCUAUUGCUUUCCAGCAAGCGAUGAGCUGAGGGCGGAUGUGUAAUGUGUGUCUUUACUUAACCAACAAAGAGGAUAGAAACCUUCCUGCACGGCCAUUGUCUUGCCC